CUGGUCCCCCCUUAUGAAACAUACAGCAAUUUUUGAGACCCAAUUUUGCGAUUGUGUUGUGUGUUUGUGUUACACUCAGGCUCCUGACGAGCUACCCAAAGGGUCUUUGCCUCCAUACUGCAACAGUUCAUCCGCGACAGGGAAAAGUUGUCUCACAAAAAGUGACACCACUGCGCAUUAAUGUGAUCAUUGGUGAAACUUUACAUUAAUAUUACCGCUAAUACAACUUUUCUGUUCAAAGCUGUGGAACAUGCUUCACCCUGAUUGGCUGUUUGACACACGCAUUCAAGAUGAGCUCCGAGGUCUGUCCAUUCUGCGGGAAAACGUAUAAGAGGUUGAAGAGUCACCUGCCACAUUGCAAGGCAGCAGCGAACUCCAAAACACCUCCGACCGAACGUCAUGUCAGAAGGGAUCAGACGACAUCACCUUCUCAGCUGGUUGCAGGUUCCUCUGAACCAACGGCAGAGGGGACACUGUCAACGGCGGCAAGUCCGCAGUCAAAGAAGAGGACAAAGGUGUCUGCUGUGUCAUCACCUGCAGCGCCUUUUAAGAGCGAGAACACAUCGUCUUUGUCACAGUCGCUGUCCCCGAGUCCUAGACCACUUCCACCGUCAACUAAGAAGAAGAAACAGAAGCUGUCCGAACAAAUCAAGAUGGCCACCACCGCCUCCUCCCUCAUCUCCUCCCCAGCCAUAUCUCUGUCUCCCUCUCCCACCAUCUCCAAACCAAAAAAGAAAAGUCUCCCUGCUCUGAUAGAAGCUGCAAAGUCCGACCAAGUUACUAAGGGAUCACUGGAAAGAAGCAGAUCUGCCGCAGGAGGCCUGCCGUCAGGUUCAGAUGCUCUAAAGUCAAGAACCACAGCACAGACGGAGACCAGCAUUAUUCCCGACAACGCCAGUUUUGCCCCUCCAUCCACAGACACUAAACCCAAAGAUGUCUCUAAAAAGAAGGUGUCAAAGACAAAGAGGGCUGCACAAUCUCUUUCCACAACCAAAGACACUGACUCUCACUCUCUGGAUUCUGAAAUAAAUGAAAGUAGCACAAGAUCCCAAGGAAGAGACAACGUCUGGGUGGACAACAAAGAGGAAAUGGAGGAUUUAUCUGUGAGUAAGAUGUUCUUAAAAUCCGGAAGUGGUCACCAGGCCAAGAUUAUCAUCCAGGAUGUUAAAGCCACGUUAGGCCGAGCUAAAAGCACCACACAGUCCAGCAAGGGGAGGAUCCCGAGCCAGGUUGAAACUACUGACAACCUAAGCAGCAAAACCAGACUUGAUACUAGUCUCAGUCCAGUAAUGGCUCCAGCAGAGAAGCAAAAAGACGUUGUAAACUGCUUGGUAACAACGAAAACUCUGUCAGACCAGUUCCCCAGCGUCACUUCAGCACAUCUGGAGCUGCAGUCAGUUCAGAAAAAAAGUCAGAAGUCUAAAGAAACGUCUUUAAUCCCUCUGCAACAUGACGGUUCCUCUCAGCCCAGACCAACCUUCCCCGCACCUCCCGUCCUCUCCGGCCAUCUGUCGCCUCAAGCUACACCCCAUCCACGUGCGGUCGGCAUGAAUGAGGGGCUGAAGGUGGGUCGUCCCAUGACAGAACUCCUCUCAAUAUCACCAUCACCCCUUCAGAUUCCAAGUCAUCUCACACGAGCUCCGCCGGCGAGGGUGGAGACGGCGAGAGCUGCUGAUGGGUUGAAGCUUGAGGACAGGAAACAAAACACUGCUCACAGUCGAACCGAAGGUGCCGUGUCACCGCGGAGUCUCGGACAGGUGAGACUGAGGGAGUUACCUGAGUGGCUGGCCUGCAAAACCCCCAGCCAUCCAAGAGACGUAGUGGAAAUGGUGCAAAGAGGCUGGCACUGGUAUUACAGGAGGUACAUUGACGUGCGGAAAGGUGGUGUGGGUGGGCUGGGCAUGCUGGUGGCAGGAUACUGUGUGCUCAGCUACAUCUGGAGUUACCCUCAUAUAAGUAAAGCGUGAUCGCUGGAGGAAGUACCACUAAGGUCAAGGGAAGAUGUGUGGACAAGUGAGACUGAAUGUGGAAACAACAGCUGUGGCAGGAGGUCAGCUUUCAAGCUUCAUGAGCUUUAGAGGUGCUGGUAGGCAGAUUGUUAGCUGCUUCCCCUGUUUCCAGUCUUUAUGCUAAGCUAAACUGACAGGCUGCAGAUUUAUAUUUAACUGACAAACAUGGGAGUGGUAUCAGUCUUCUCAUCUAACUGUCUGCCAGAAAACGAAUUUCCCAAACUGUCAAACCAUCCCUUCAACCACCAGAGGAAUUGUCAUCGUGAUACUGGUAGUUUCAUUCUCAUUUGACUUGCACCCGAAAAGGGCAUCUGAAAGCCUGCGGGCACGACACGACACGACACGACACUGCAGGUUAUGCAAAUUAAGACAUGUUUGAGUUUCAUUUCACAUUUAUUUAUUUAUUUAUUUUAUUUAGCUUGCUAUGUGUUUUAGUUUAGUUUACGAAGGGAAAUGUGAACAAGAAAGCUACUAAAAUUACUUUUUAAUUAAUUUAUCAAAAUAGUUUCAAUUCCUGAUGAGAGAUCUGUGUCCAUGUGUUUAAGUGUGAGUCCCAGGAGCUCCACUAGGUGUCAUUGUUGGGUCGUGUUAACAAAAACCAAAAGGGCUGGGCAGUACAAUGUUUGCUAUGCAGAGUUUUCUUAGCUCCUUUGUGCAGAGGCAUCGGUGCUGGCUUCCAUGAGAGGAUUAAAGGGAACCAACAGUUUUUAACCAGAUAAAAUCUUUCUCUGGGAGCACAGAUGUAGAAAAACAUGAAAAACAUGCGAAACAUCCCGACAUCAGUAUCCAUGAAAAGAUCCUAUCUGUGGAGCAGAGGGAACGCAAAUCUGUUUUUCCUUGGAAAUGUUUUCCCCCUGUCACAUGAUGUUAUUAUGCAUGCUCAGGCUGUGUGUCUGUGUGUGAACACUCACAGAAUGGUAAUGGAGGGACACUGAAGGAGGUUCUCAGCCGGACUGGACCAGUUUGUUAUUGUAUUCUUUGUAUUGUAUGAAUUUAUUGUUGACUCUCCUUGCUGCUGUAGUGAACACACAUUAGCUACAAAUGAAGAAAUGACAGUAUUUUUGUAACGAUUUUUCCUGACGCCGCUUCUUGGCCAACACAAUAAAAAAUAAUUUCCA